AUGUCGGACAUCAGCAACGUACGCUUGAAGGAGUGUAAGGUAAAACUCACCAGGCUGACAAAAGAAGAAAUCGAGAAACACACUGGGAAGACUUUUGAAGAAGCAGAGAAAAUCGCUGAUUUGAUAGAUGACAACAAACCAAAAUUAUUUGUUAGAAAAGAUGUUAUCAUGGAUAUCAAAACAACACAAGACACCGAGGAGGGUACAUCAAACACUGGCCAUGAAAUUAUUCCAGACAUUAUCACACCUCAAAAUAUUCAAUGUGAUGACAUUAAUAACGAGGAGAUAAAUGGCACACAAGCAGAAAAUAAUGUGUAUGUUGGACCCAAUGACUUUAUGCCAAUGAUCUACCAACAAUAUGACAUGGAUACGGUAACUGAAGAAAUUGAUUAUAACUAUAGACCAGAAAUGAACUACAUUCCUGACAUGAUAAUAAAACAAGAAAUACAAGAUGAUAGUUAUGGAACUUAUACACCGCAAGUAGCCGGGACUUCUCAGCUAAUGAUAAAACAAGAAGUUGUUGACGAAAGUUACAACUAUAAUAAUAUGUUUAGUGCACAAGGUAGUCACAAUAUGUACAGUGAAUAUUAUGUACCCAACAUAUUGUCAAACCAACCAACUGAAAACUUUGGUAUGCAGAACAUAAAUCCAGAAACAUCCAACCCAUAUGUCACCAUCAAGCAAGAGGUUUUCGAUGAGGGUAACAUUGAAGUUUACACGGAUGUACUGAUGCCAUCAGCGGACCCGGUAUAUGAGGAUGGGACUCCAUGGUAA